GCCGCGGCCCCGGGCUACUGGACUCUGUCUCCUGCUGCCGGCCGGAGCUGCGAGAGCCCAGCGGGGCCUGGCUCCGGCGGCGGCCGCGGCUCCUUCUUGCUCCCCUCGGCCGGGGCGUCCUCGGCGGCAGUGCCGGGGGUGGCUCAGGGCAGCUCAGGAGGAACACCCCCUCUACAGCGAGUAACACGGCAGGAGGACACCCCGAUUCCACCGUGAGGCAGUUACCGCGCAGUGGUCCCCAGCUCACGCUCUGGCGGCAUACUGGGAGCAUUCUGCUGGUCCAGGCAGGCGACACGUCAAUGCUUUUAGCAAUGUCCCUGCGUCUAACUCAGAAGCCAUGGAGGAAAUAAGGUAGCCCCCGUCCCUGGAUCGGAUCGGAUGGGGAAGCCCAGUUCAAUGGAUGCAAAAUAUAAGGAUGACUUAUUUCGGAAGUACGUGCAGUUCCAUGAAGGCAAAGUGGACACCACCCCCAGCAAGCAGCGGCCUGGCAGUGAUGAGUCCCUGCGGGUGGCAGCCUCGACCCUGCUCAGCCUGCACAAGGUGGAUCCCUUUUAUCGAUUCCGGCUGAUCCAGUUCUAUGAGGUGGUGGAGAGCUCCCUGCGCUCGCUGAGCUCCUCCAGUCUGCGGGCUCUGCACUGUGCCUUCAGUGUGCUCGAAACGGUGGGUGUCAACCUUUUCCUCUACCCGUGGAAGAAGGAAUUCAGAAGCAUCAAGACCUACACGGGCCCCUUUGUUUAUUAUGUCAAGUCCACAUUACUGGAAGAGGACAUCCGAGCCAUCCUGAAUUACAUGGGCUACGUGCCCGAGUUGGGGACUGCGUACAAGCUCAAAGAGCUGGUAGAGACCCUCCAAGUGAAGAUGGUCUCCUUUGAGCUCUUUCUGGCCAAGGUGGAGUGUGAACAGAUGCUGGAAAUCCACUCCCAAGUCAAGGACAAAGGCUACUCUGAGCUGGACGUGGUGAGCGAGCGCAGGAGCAGCGCGGAGGACGUGCGUGGUUGCUCAGACGCCCUGCGGCGGCGGGCCGAGGGCCGGGAGCACCUGACGACCUCCAUGGCCCGCGUGGUGCUCCAGAAGUCGGCCAGCGAGCGGGCAGCCAAGGACUACUACAAGCCCCGUGUGACCAAGCCCUCAAGGUCGGUGGACACCUACGACAAUUACUGGGAGAGCCGGAAGCCGCCCCUGAAGGCCUCGUUGAGCCUGCGGAAGGAGCCUGUGGCAGCAGACUUGGGGGACGACCUCAAGGACGAGAUCAUCCGCCCGUCCCCCUCGCUCCUGGCCAUGUCCAGCUCCCCCCACGGCAGCCCGGAUGACCUGCCGUCCCCCUCCCCCAACAAUGGCCUUGGCUUGCUGCGUGGCACGUACUUCUCCACUCAGGAGGAUGUGGAUCUGUACACAGACUCGGAGCCCAGGGCCACGUACCGGAGGCAGGAUGCCCUGCGGCCAGACGUCUGGCUGGUCAGAAGUGACGCCCACCCCAUCUACCACAAGCGCUCGCCCCCCGCCAAAGAGUCCGCCCUCUCCAAGUGCCAAAACUGCGGUCUGUCCUGCAGCUCCUCCCUCUGCCAGCGCUGCGACAGCCUGCUCGUCUGCUCCCCGGCCUCCAAGCCCGGUGGCUUCCCCAGCAAGGCCUCCGCCCACGACAGCCUGGCCCACGGGUCAUCUCUGCGGGAGAAGUAUGCAGGCCAGACGCAGGGCCUUGACCGGCCGCCGCACCUCCACUUGAAAUCCAAGCCCUCCCCUGCAGCCGCCUCCCGCUGUGGCUUCUGUGACCGCCCGGGGGCCGCCAACACCUGCACCCAGUGUUCAAAAGCCUCCUGCGACGCCUGCCUCAGCACCUACCAUUACGACCCCUGCUGCAAAAAGAGCGAGCUGCACAAGUUCAUGCCCAACAACCAGCUGAACUACAAGUCCGCCCAGUUCUCCCAUCUCGUGUACAGAUAGACUCGCCUUGCACCUCCCUGCUACAAGGGCUACACCACUGACCUUUCUGGUUUCCUGGGGAAGAAAUGUUAACGCGUUGAUCUCAGAAGCAGAGGCCUGCACUUGACCACGUGGUUGUGGCGGGGGGAUCAUGCGGCCGGCUGUCUCACGUGGGAGUUCCCCUAUCGACUCAGAUAUGUCAGCUGAUGGCUGCUUUGCCACUUGGCAAGAGAGACGGUGGCACUUGCAUUCAGAUUCAUUUUUGCUAAUCACUCCCUGUUCCGUUCUUUUGUUUUUGUCUCUCAAAGAGGAUUUCUAUCUCUGGGACUCUUGCCAUGCCGACCACUCCCACGGCAAAGCCAACUUGGACUGGGAAGGGCCCUCCAGGUCCCCUCCAAACGCCCACCUGGAGUGGUGAGCUAGAGGCCUGUUGGCUUGUGAAAUGAGCCCUCCUGCCACACCGGGCCUCAUCCACUGGCUCAUCCCUCCACCACCCUUUCCCAAACACGAGGAUCCCCGGCGGCAGCCCCCCACCCAACUUCCCUGCCUCUCCACGUAUCGAAGGUGACCCGAGUCCAGGAUUCGCUUAAUGUCAUCCUGUUGCCUCCACAGCUCAGUUCAGCCUUGGGGUUUGUGAAGUUGGCUCUAGCGCUCUGAAGGGUGGACCUUCCACACUGGGACUGACUUUUCCCCCCUUUCUGUUGUUUGCACGUGCCUCUCUUACUCUACUGUAAAUAGAUAUUUUUGAGAUUUAUUUUUAAAUAAAUAUUCAACUUGC